AUGAAAACCAGGAGAGCUCUAAAGAAAAAAACAAAUAUAGCACUGAUUUCUCAUAUUGAACCUAAGAAGAUAGAGGAAGCCAUAAAGAACUCAAUCUGGGUACACACAAUGCAGGAAAAACUGGAUCAAUCUGACAAAAACCAAGUUUGGAAAUUGCUGCGUAGGCCAGCAGAUGCUAUUCUAAUUGGAACAAAAUGGGGUUUCAGAAAUAAGCUCAUUGAAGAUGUAAAGAUGGAUGUCAAAAGUGUAUUCUUUAAUGGCUUUAUUGAUGAGGAGGUAUAUGCAAAACAACCUCCUGGUUUUGAAGAUUCAAAGUUCCCUUAUCAUAUGUAUAAGUUGACUAAGGUUCUGUAUGGAAACAAGCUCAACGAUCCUGGUAAUAUAGUUAUUCAAGUUUAUGUUGAUGAUAUUAUCUUUGGUAAUGCUAAUCCUCUUUUGUGCAAGGAAUUUGCUAAUCUUAUGCAAAGUGAGUUUGAAAUGAGUAUGAUGGGAGAGCUCGCAUUUUUCCUUGGACUUCAAAUUCAACAAUCUGAAGUAGGAACGUUUCAAUCAGCUCCCAAGGAGUCACAUCUGACUGCUGUAAAGAGAAUAAUUCGUUAUCUUAUUGGAACUAUUUCUUACAGACUAUGGUAUCCACAUUCUAACAAUUUUAAACUGGAAGGCUUUUCAUAUGCUGAUCUUGCAUGA